GGCGGGCCGGCAGUGUGCUGGCGUGCAGCGCCGCGGGGACAGUGUGGAGAGUGGACCACGCCGCCAGUGACUAGAAAGCCUGGGAGCCGAGCCUGGAGCACAGCUGAGGAACGCCCCGGGCCAGAGGAGGACUCGCAGACACGGAGCAGUCACAGGCGGGGCUGAUGGCUGAGGUGGCGGCGUCUCGGCCGCCGGCCGGCCUCUCGCUGUCGGCGGAGAACCUGCACGCGCUCGACCCGGCGCCGCUCGACGACCUGGUCGAGUCCGAAGUGAUCGUCGGUGACGACAGUGACGACGAGUUCGCCUUCAACGGCGAGGUCAAGGACGCGGAGGAGAUCUACAUCCAGAACGGGCCGCGCGGACCGAGCAUGACCGUCGGCCAUCUGACCAUCGAGCACAGCUACUGCACGCCCGAGCCGGACGACGAGCCGGCGGUGAAACUGGUCGACCCGGAUCGGUUCAGCGAUUUCUUUCUCAUGGAGGAGUCGGCGGGUGGCGCCGGCCACCUGCAGCUGUUCUCGGACAUGCGUCAGUGUGUGGCGGGCAGCGCUCUCAGUUACAUGCAGGUGACGGGCGCGGCGGUGCUGAGUUCGUUGCAGCAGGCCGGCCGCCGGCUGGAGAGUCUGACAGAGGAGGACGAGUCUGAGGCGGCGCAGGAGCCGCCGGCCCGUGCCGUCUCCCUCCCCGCCCCCGUGUCGGCGGCGGCGCUGUCGCCACCGACGGGACGGGCCGCCGCCGCCGCGCCGCCAGUGCCCGCCGACGCCGCGUCGGGAGCGGACAUGGCGGCGACGACACGCGACCGGGCGCCUGCCGGCGACGUGUGGGGUGGCGGGGUGGGCCGCGCGGCGCUCGAUGGGGACGCUGAGCCGACGCCGGCCGUGGACAGUGGUAAUGUGACUGAAGUGGGGCCUACCGUGGACGGUGGUGGUGUGGAUAAGUCGGAGUCGUCAGCGUCGUCCGGUGUGGAAGCUGGGUCACAAGAGAAACAAGUGCAGCCUGCUGAUGAUAAAAGGUCAGAGAACUCUGCUGCGGCAACAGCAGUCUCCAAACCAAGUGAGUCGUCACAGUCGGACGGUACCCCUCCUGUGGAUACCACAGACUCCACACAGCCUCAGAACGCGGGCAGUCCUAGUGACCUGACCCAGUCGGUCACUGCGAAUAGCUCCGUCGAUUCAGCCCGACCUGUGACCGACACAGCCAGUCCCACCGAGCCGACAGAACCGACCGGCUCCAGUGGUGGCGAAAUCACUCAGUCGGCCACCCUCUCCAGUAUCGCAGACAUGACUCAGUCAAUGACUGUACCCAGUCCGCCGGCUCGGUCCAGCCCACCGGCUCUCAUGACCCAAUCGCUGGGUCCGGUCAGUUUCUCAGACCCGUUCCAUGUGUUGGAACAGCCUGCCGAGGCCGCUGAGGACCCACCAGAGGCUGUGAGUUUGGUGAGCCCCGUGGAGCCGGCCACCGCCAUCUCCGGCCCGGUUAGUCUGGUGGGUAUCGUCCUGCCGACGGCCGCCGCCGCGCCGCCAGCCGACGCCCCGGCCGAUGGAACCCUCUGGGAAUCCGCAGCGCCCGCCGCGCCCUCAGUCGACAAUAACGCUGCCGGCGCGCUGCCCGUGUUGAAAAUCGAUGAGAGCGUUGAGCUGAAGGGCGAGGGUGAGCGGGACGCCACGACUUCGUCCUCGGAUCGCUCGACGCCGCCGCGCACCGGUGGUCGAACGGCGUCCACACGGCCCGGCGCGGCCCGCGCCAGUCCGCGGUCCUCGCUGACAGCUCGCGCCCAGCAGGACCUGGCUAAGGCGCGCUCCUCGUCCACCACACGCGAGGAGAAGCGCGCGCUGUCCAGCUACGGCACGCUACCGCGCCGGGGGAAGAAGUCGCCGCCGUCCUCCGAGGCGGGUAAAAAGGAGGAGCUGCCCGCUGUGUCUGAAAUCACCAGGAAGCAGCCGGCACCGGGAACCCGGCCCACUGUGAAACCGGCGGCGUGCGCCGCGCCUCUGCGACGCCGACCGAUGGAUAAGAAGAUCUCUGAGUUGAAGAAGAGCGAGUCGGCGCCGUCCUCUGGCUCGGACCAGUCUAGGAGUAGGAAGCCUUCGGCCGAGGCAGAGUUAAAGAGCAGUGCAGACAAGUACGGCACUCUAACGCGCCGCAAAGAGCCCAAGUCUGCGGCAGCGGACAGUGCUUCAGCCAAGACGACAACGUUCACUGCCGAGGAGCUAAAGCGAGGAGCAGAUACAUUCGGCACCCUCGGCAGGAGGAAGAAGGCGCCCGCUGCGGCCAAGCCGGCGGCAGCUCCAGCUCGGUCGGAGGCUGCAGCAAAGCCUGCGGCACCAGCGGUGGCGAGUAGUUCUCGCCCUGCCUCAGCCUCCACCAAAACCACCAGCCCCCGACCGGCCACCUCCGCGUCUGCCGCGGCUCGGCGGCCGGCGGCGGCUGCCCGGCCGCUGGCCCGGCCGGCCGGCAGGACGACCGCUGCCGCCUCAGCCGGGAAGGUGCGCGAGCGAACCCUGAUCUGUCUGGAGACUGGCUGUCAGACAGUGCUGACCGGCGGCGACCUGAGCGCGGCGGCCAGCCUGCGACCGCAGCCGGCCGUCACCUGUUUGGAGGCGGCGUGUCAGGCGGAGAUUGCCAGCCCGCAGGCUGCGCAGCAGGCAGCCGAGCUGGCCCGGCUGCAGGCGGAGGCGGAGCGCGCGCGGCAGGCGCAGGAGCAGCUGAAACAGAUCCAGGAGGAGCUAUGGGCGGCGCGGCGCCAGCUCGAGGAGGAGCAGGCCGACAAACAGGAGGUGCAGACCGAGCUGGGCCGCACCACGGACCGCGUGCAGCACAUGAUGGGCCGUAUGGAAGGCGUCGAACAGGAGCUGCUCCGUCACCAGGAGCACCUGCAGAGCGCCGAGCUGCGCGCCCAGCACGCCGACUCGGCCGCCGAGGCGCUCCAGCACGAGCUGGAGCUCUCGCGCGCGGCCGUCGCAAGGCUCUCGGAGGACCUGGAGAAAUCGGUGGCCGCUCAGAAGACACUUCUCCAGCAGGUACAGGAAACGGAGGCUGAGUCAUGCGAACUGCACGAGUUCAUGCAGCUGGAGAAAAACGCACUGGUUGAUGCACUCAGGGAGGCUGAGAAUGAGGUGGCCAGUAUGAGGACGGCCUCUGCCGCCGCCGAGGACGCCCUCAGAGAGAAGGAGGACCGCUGUGCCCAGCUGACCCGGAUCUCCGACCAGAGGGCGGAGGAGAUGGCGGCGCUGAAGGCCGACCUGCGCCACGUGCAGAACAGAACCAAAGAGCUGCUGCUGUGUCAGGGGGCCGGGGUGAGCGGCGCCUCAGUCGCCCUCAGUCAGCUGGCCGGCCGGCUGGAGACGGCGCUGCGCUCCCUGGUUCCGGCCCACCUGCUGGCCGACCUGGACCUGCCGCUCUCCAGCUCCGUCCCGGCGCGGCUGGCCGAGACGGUGACGGCGCCGCGCCGCUCAGCCUCGGUGGCCGCCGCGCUGGCCGGCCCCCCGCGCUCCCUCUCACAGAUGGUGCGCGCCCUGGAUCUCCCGGCCGGUGAGACGCUGGCGGACGAGCGCUGCCCGCUCUCCGGCGGAGACAGCCUCCAGGAGCUGGCCGUGCGACAUCUACUCGAGGGUCGGGACUCCCCCGAGGGCGAGGAGAGCUGCUCAGAGCGCGGCGAGGCGGCGGUCGGUGGGGGGUCCGGGCUGGAGGAACAGGUCACCCAGGUGGACCUGCUGGUGGAGAGGCUGAUCCGGGCGGCGGCCACCCUCGGGCAGAAGGCCGUGGCGCAGACACCGUCACCGGCGGCCCCGGUGCCCGCCCAGGCGGCCACUCAGACCCCCACGCCGGCCACUGACAGGCCCGCCCCCACGUCCGGCGACUCUGAACGGGAGCUGCGGGAUCGGCUAGCCCGGCUGGAGGCUGAGAACGCCGAGCUGCGGCGGCGACAGGCUCCCCCACCGCCCGGCGCGGGCUCUGAAACUGAGACAACCAGUCUGCGUCAGGAGCUUUCUAGGAAGGAGCGGCAGCUGGACGAGCUCAAACAAAAGUACACCAAACACAAGCAGAUCCUCACAGAGAACGUCCAGAAAGCCGAGUCCGAGAUUCAGACGCUCGACGAAAUCAUCGACUACGUCAUCGUCUCUCUGGGCUCUGUCCCAGAGGUGGUGCAGAAACAGUCCGUCCUCCGCAAACUGUGGAUGGACCUGGACGGACCCAACAAGACCGUCGCCAAGACCAAGCUGAACGGGACCACGCCCAUCAGCGAUCUCAACGCCAACGCCGACAUCGUCAAGGUUUAGACGGUCGGCGGUGACCGUCCGACGCUCUGUUUCCCACCUAGAGACUGUGAAACUCGCGACCGCGCGGGCCUUCUUCCCUCUCACCCUCUCUCUCUCCGCUCCGCUGCUCUGCGGCGUGCGACCAGUGGCCGAGCUGUGACUGAUGACUGAACCGAGUGACUGAGUGAGUGGGAGUGAUGAGUGAGGUAGAGUAAGGCGUGCGACGAGUGUUGGGAGGAUGGUAGAAAGCCACCCUGUAGAGUGGACUCGCAAGAGAGCUCGUGCGUGCGACCGGCGGCCUGUGCACAGCUGUGAACGGUAGCCGGCGUUUGCCCUCCGCUGUGACAGCUCUGUGCAGCUACUGCAGCUGACAGGCCACCUGCCGGGAGCCGGCCGCGGCAGCGCUGUAUUUUUGUCAGACGUGUGAGCGAGCGACUGGUGUGAUGAUAGGGCUCCGCCGGCCGGGCCAGAGCGUCGCCGGCCCAGUAUUAUCGGUCCCGCGCGGCGUGCGCACGUGUGUCUGUGUGUGGGGGGGAGUGUGGGCCCGCGCCGAACCAGAGCCGAUAUUCGCCCGAGUACAUAGCCGCAGGCAGUUUGUUUUAUGUUUGUGUACUUGCACUAGAUGUUUACCGAGUUUAUUUGCACGGACAUGAUUUAAUAAAUAAGUUUUCGAUGA